AUGGCGCCUCGACCAAUUUUCACAAUUACGCACCCGCGCGCGUGUUCCACCGCCUUUGAACGGGUCUUCAUGACCCGCAGAGACGAAUUGGCUAGCCAGCAUGAACCUUUUGGCGACGCAUACUACUUUGGUCCGGAAUGCGUCAGUGAGCGUUUCAAGGACGACCCUGCUCGCCGCAAAGGAAGUGGUGUAUCGGACGCCACGUUCAAGAGCGUACUGGAAGGAUUCGAUGAGGUGACCCGACAGGGCAAACGCGUUUUCAUCAAAGACAUGGCCUACUAUCUCUUCCCCGCCCCCGGCGAGAAGACCCGAAUCGCAGCAUCUCUUGGCGGCGGUGAGGAACCAAACAACCCCACCGUUAUUCCUCUCGAUAUGCUCAAGAAGUUUCAUUUUACCUUUCUCAUUCGCCACCCUCGUCGCUCCGUCCCCUCCUUCUGGCGAUGUUGUAUCCCGCCGCUGAGAGAAGUCAGUGGGUUUGACUACUUUUUGCCCAGUGAGAUGGGAUAUGAGGAGCUUGUCAGGUUUCUAGACUGGGCUAUCGAAAGCGGUCUCGUUGACAAGGAUCGACUGACAGUUGUUGAUGCCGACGAUCUGCUUGACAACCCAGAGGCUAUGAUCCGCAAGUACUGCGAGAGAACGGGACUCGUGUUCGACCUGAGCAUGUUGAAGUGGAACGAUGCUGACCAGGAGCAUGCUCAGAAGUUGUUUGCGAAGUGGAAUGGCUUUCAUGAUGAUGCUCUCCAAAACAGGGAACUCAAGGCAAGAACACACGCUCAGAAAACACUGACCGUUGAAGCCGAAAAUAAAGACUGGGAAGCCAAGUACGGAAAGGAGGCCCAGGAGAUCAUCCGCAAAACAGUCGAUGCCAACAUUCCUCACUACGAAUACCUUAGGCAGUAUCGCAUCAAGCCACAAUGA